CUGCUCCCUCCUCCUUACCCCCCCCCUCCCUGUCCGGUCCGGGUUCGCUUGCCUCGUCAGCGUCCGCGUUUUUUCCUGGCCCCCCCCAACCCCCCCCGGCCAGGACCCCCCUUGAGCUCAUCCCUCAGCUGCCACCAUGAGCGACCAAGAUCACUCCAUGGAUGAAAUGACAGCUGUGGUGAAGAUUGAAAAAGGAGUUGGUGGCAAUAAUGGGGGCAAUGGUAAUGGUGGUGGUGCCUUUUCUCAGGCUCGAAGCAGCAGCACUGGCAGUAGCAGCAGCAGUGGAGGAGGAGGAGGGCAGGAAUCCCAGCCAUCCCCUUUGGCUCUGCUGGCAGCAACUUGCAGCAGAAUUGAGUCACCCAAUGAAAACAGCAACAACUCCCAGGGCCCAAGCCAGUCAGGGGGCACAGGUGAGCUUGACCUCACAGCCACACAACUUUCCCAGGGUGCCAAUGGCUGGCAGAUCAUCUCUUCCUCCUCUGGGGCCACCCCUACCUCAAAGGAACAGAGUGGCAGCAGUACCAAUGGCAACAGUGGCAGUGAGUCUUCCAAGAAUCGCACGGUCUCUGGUGGGCAGUAUGUUGUGGCUGCCACCUCCAACCUACAGAACCAGCAAGUCCUGACAGGACUACCUGGAGUGAUGCCUAAUAUUCAGUAUCAAGUAAUCCCACAGUUCCAGACCGUUGAUGGGCAACAGCUGCAGUUUGCUGCCACUGGGGCCCAAGUGCAGCAGGAUGGUUCAGGUCAGAUACAGAUCAUACCAGGUGCAAACCAGCAGAUCAUCACAAAUCGAGGAAGUGGAGGCAACAUCAUUGCUGCUAUGCCAAAUCUACUCCAGCAGGCUGUCCCCCUCCAAGGCCUGGCUAAUAAUGUACUCUCAGGACAGACUCAGUAUGUGACCAACGUACCAGUGGCCCUGAAUGGGAAUAUCACCUUGCUACCUGUCAACAGCGUUUCUGCAGCUACCUUGACUCCUAGCUCUCAGGCAGUCACGAUCAGCAGCUCUGGGUCCCAGGAGAGUGGCUCACAGCCUGUCACCUCAGGGACUGCCAUCAGUUCUGCCAGUUUGGUAUCAUCACAAGCCAGUUCCAGCUCCUUUUUCACCAAUGCCAAUAGCUACUCAACAACUACUACCACCAGCAACAUGGGAAUUAUGAACUUUACCACCAGCGGAUCAGCAGGGACCAACUCUCAAGGCCAGACACCGCAGAGGGUCAGUGGGCUACAGGGGUCUGAUGCUCUGAACAUCCAGCAGAACCAGACAUCUGGAGGCUCACUGCAGGCAAGUCAACAAAAAGAGGGAGAGCAAAACCAGCAGACACAGCAACAGCAACAAAUUCUUAUCCAGCCUCAGUUAGUUCAGGGGGGACAGGCCCUCCAGGCCCUCCAAGCAGCCCCAUUGUCAGGGCAGACCUUUACAACUCAAGCUAUCUCCCAGGAAACCCUCCAGAACCUUCAGCUUCAGGCUGUUCCAAACUCUGGCCCCAUCAUCAUCCGGACACCAACAGUGGGGCCCAAUGGACAGGUCAGUUGGCAGACUCUUCAGCUGCAGAACCUCCAAGUUCAGAACCCACAGGCCCAGACAAUCACCUUGGCCCCAAUGCAGGGUGUUUCCUUGGGGCAGACCAGCAGCAGCAGUACCACCCUUACACCCAUUGCCUCAGCUGCCUCCAUCCCUGCCGGCACAGUCACUGUGAAUGCUGCUCAACUCUCCUCCAUGCCUGGCCUCCAGACCAUUAACCUCAGCGCAUUGGGUGCCUCAGGAAUCCAGGUGCACCAGCUUCCAAGCCUGCCCUUGGCUAUCGCAAAUGCCUCAGGUGAUCAUGGAGCUCAGCUUGGUCUCCAUGGGGCUGGUGGUGAUGGAAUACAUGAUGAUCCAGCAGGCGGAGAGGAAGGAGAGAACAGCCCAGAUCCCCAACCCCAAGCUGGUCGGAGGACCCGGCGGGAAGCAUGCACAUGCCCCUACUGUAAAGACAGUGAAGGAAGGGGCUCUGGGGAUCCUGGCAAAAAGAAACAGCACAUUUGCCACAUGCAAGGUUGUGGCAAAGUAUAUGGCAAGACCUCACACCUGCGGGCACACUUGCGCUGGCAUACAGGCGAGAGGCCGUUCAUGUGUACCUGGUCAUACUGUGGGAAACGCUUCACUCGUUCGGAUGAGUUACAGAGGCACAAACGCACACACACAGGUGAGAAGAAAUUUGCCUGCCCUGAGUGUCCCAAGCGCUUCAUGAGGAGUGACCACCUGUCAAAGCAUAUUAAGACCCACCAGAAUAAGAAGGGAGGCCCAAGUGUAGCCCUAAGUGUGGGCACUUUGCCCCUGGACAGUGGGGCAGGCUCAGAAGGCAGCGGCACUGCCACCCCUUCGGCCCUUAUUACCACCAACAUGGUAGCCAUGGAGGCCAUCUGUCCAGAGGGUAUUGCCCGUCUUGCCAACAGUGGCAUCAACGUCAUGCAGGUGGCGGAUCUGCAGUCCAUUAAUAUCAGUGGCAAUGGCUUCUGAAAUCAGGCACCCCGGGGUAGAGACAUAUGGGCCAUACUCAUCAACCCUGGGAUGCAAGGUAGCGUGGGUCCAAAAGACAUGUGGGAGAGAGAGCCAUGAGGCAUUAAAAAUGCAUGGCAGUGGGAAGAAUUGGGGGAGGGAUACCAGAGAAGAGAUGGGGUCCUGGCACCCCCCUGUAUCAUCAGUACCUCUUUGAAGUGGGAAACAUUAGUGAAAAUUCUGUUGGUGCCACCCUUUGACAAGCAUUUGUUUGACCCCAGUUUCUUAACACUUCUUACCCCAGCCUCCCCUUCCUGCAUUUUCCCUUAUCAGCUCCCCCAUGAUGGAUCCCCCCCAUUUCCUAAAGCCAUUAUGCCUUGAUAAAUAUAUAUGAUCAUUGAAAUACUUUUUAACAAAAAACAGAUUCUAUAUUAUAUAUAUAUAUAUAAAAGAUAUAUAGAUAUGCAUUUGCAGGGGUUGGCUGGGAGGAGGAAGGAGACCAUUCUGUGACCAAAAUACCUUGGUCAUUUUUUUUUUUAUAUUGCCUUAUUUCCUUAUGGCUGAGCCUUGUUGUGACACAUCAAGAUUUUCUAUAGAUGUUGUCUUGGCUUCCCACCAGAUUAAGCAUUUAUAUGCUCUGCUUUUAGUUUAUAUAUACAUACAUAAUGUUUUCCUUUCUUAAUAUUGUCUUUUAAUUUGGGAUCAGCUUCUUGUGCUCCUUUCCUGACUCAACCGUUUCUGUCUCCCCUUCUCUCACCUGAUCAUUCAUGUUUUGUUUUUGGUAGUGGUCCCUGGAUGAGGCACUUCUGUCAUUCUUUUAAGUCCUUAGUCCCAGCAGCAGAAUGGAGAAGCCUUGAAGCUCAGGCGGAUGCCUGAGGUAGCUGUGAAGAGAGUGUUCAAAAUACUACUGACGCAGGCACCCUCUUGGCGCUGGAGAGUCCAAGUCACCUCUCUUCAUUAGCUCCUCUGAGCAUCAGGAAUCAGAAGUCUUUCUGUGGAAUUGUACAAGAGGCCCUUUGAAGGUCAUAAUCUGGGAUCAGUUUGUAUAAACCGUGAAUGGUCAAAUAAUAGAUAGGGGCUUUCAGUAGGAAAAAUGAUGUGCUCAAAAGCGGAAGUGACUCAGGUAGUCCAGUUCAGGAGUUAGUGAAGUAUUUGGACCUUUGUACAACUGUCUUCCAAGGUAGCGCUAAGCUCCGAUGUGUGGGCUUCUGAGUUCACAUUCUGAAAGGAGAUACAAUUCCUCUUUUGAACAUCCCCAAUAGUUUCUUUCCCAUUAUGUUAUUAAGAAGCAUCAUCCAACGAGCCUGUUCUGAGUUUCCAGUCUGCAGAACUCCAGAGCAUGUACUAGUGGCAAGGCAGUGGUUCUUUGAUCUUUUCCCUUAACGCUUCCUCGGAUGGUUCCUAAGGGAAAAGGAAGCACACGCGAUCAUGAGGAUGAUAGCCCAGAACAAAAGGAAAUCUUGUCUUACCACUGUGGUUUAUAGGAGAGAUCAGGAAAAACCAUCCUGCUUUCUCCAUGGCCUGAUUCCUGAAGAGACUGAUCCAAAAAUUAUAGCGGCAGGGAACUCUUAGUGCAUUUGGCACUGAGAUUUAAAUGCAGCCAGAGUUGUCCUCAAGGCCCAGCCAUUAAAACAUGUCUCUCUCGACAUUCUGGUAUCUUGUCAGAGAGCUUUUCACUGUGAGGAAGUGUGGAAAUGGCUGUGUGUAUGUGUGUAAUCUGUUAGGUUGGGGAUAGGUUUUCUGUUAGCCAAUACUAUAAGAGACCUGCAAUAAAAAAUUACCCUGAUCUGAUAGAAAGUGAAGUGUUUGUGUAUGACUGUGUGUGAGUGUGUUUGUGCCUGUAUAUAUCUACACACAGAUGAGAAAUUAUAUUUGAAAUUGUUGGAAAAUAAAUCAAAUUCAGAUCAAAAUGCCUUUCAGGCCCAUUACCUAGAAAUCUAUCUUAAAACCUGGGUAUGUUCCUGAGGUCAUUUCUUUGCUUGUGCUAAAUUAGUUACAAUUAUGAACGGGGGAUAUUCUACUGCACUUUUAAAAGAAGAAACUUAUUUUUGUGUUUGAAAGUGAAACCAACAUCCAGAUCUAGUUCCUUUCAUAAAUCUUUUUACCUUGACUACAAAUAGAUGAUGCUAUGAUUCUACUAUAUAUUUUAUAUAAAAUCUAUCCAAAUUAGGGUUUGGGUAAGUUUGUGUUGUUUAAUCUGUAAUACAAUAACUGUUAAUAUUCUAAACAAAAGUUCACUCCAUUUGGUCCUUUCUCUGCAGACUCAGUACUAUUUUUAACACUCAGGAACUUUUGCAAGGAACUUUCUCCACAUCAAAUUCUAGUAAUACUGAAGUAAAAGUCAUUGAUGCCCAGUCACUUACCACACCCUUUAUUCCCACUGAGAGGCAGAUCUCAGAACCUGUUAUUUUAUGUCUGUAAUCAUGUAUAGGCAUCUUCUGGAGGAAAGGGGCAGGAUAACUCACUGGAGUGUGCAGUAUUCAGCCAGAGCAUUUCAAGGAAUGAAAUCAUCCCCAGUAUGAAAUUAUUAGAUAUAAACUAGCUUAAUGAUGCUGAGGUCUACAAGCUUUUAAAAGAUUAUUUGAUGAUGUUUUUCUCUGGGAUGGAAUGCUGAUUUACCCUCAACUCCAUUUAUCAGUAUGAGAGAAUUUAUAUCCAGUUCUUUCCACUUGAUCUGUUUCCUUCUCACUAAGGAAGCUCCAGAUCCAGUAUCUUGUUUGGCCCUACAAGUGAAGCAGCUUCUGCUUUGGUCUCCCAGCAGCAGUAAGCCACUCAGUCUUUUCCACUGGAAGUUAGGAGCCUACAUUCCUUGAGUCAGGAGGUUAUUGCUGAAAAUCCCUUUCCCUGGACUUUUUGCCAGAAGAAGUUAAUGUAACUGACAGGCAUAUUGAUUCUAAAUUUUUUUUCAUGAGUUGCUUUUUUAUUUAAUUUUUUAAUGACCAAACCUUGCAGGGUCCGGGAUGCCCAGAGGAGUGGUAAUAUUCCUUUGUCCUUUCAGGUUGCCCAUCCACAUUCACUGCUUAUCAUUUGACUGUCUCGCUUUUUACUCAGAGCAGUAACAGCCCACACCAUCUUCCUUCAGGGACCUCCCAGCUAGCACCCUGUUUGUGGGUGCUAUGCAGAAUGCAAUUUAAUGGACAUUUCUUAGCCUGGUUCAGAAUAAAUAGAACUCUUGAUCCCAGGAAGUAUAGACUGAAGUGUGGGGUAAAGAUUAUGUUUGGGGGAGGGUUAGAGACAAAAGCUGUAAAUUACUAUGGCUGAUUGAUUUAUUUCUACUAUAUACAUAUAUAUAUUUUUUGCUUUUGUAUAUCCUAUAUAGGAAACUAAGCAUUGUAUUUUUUUUAACAAAUCUGAGAAAGCACUAUGAACUGCAGAUGUUUGACUUUCAGAAUAUAUUUUGUAUUGUUAAUAUCUUCACAUUGUGUGAAUACUGGAAGCUGCAGAUCUUUGCUAGAACGCAAUAAAUUUAUAUACUUUU